AUGUCUCGAUUGUACCCAGCUUUUGAGGCUCAGAAUAUGUUCCCAGCAGAGCACAUCUUACCUAUUCAUCUCGGCCUUGUCCACUCGUCAGGCCGAACGGCGGUUCACGGCCAUGAUUCACUUCGUGGUGGAUCCGAAAGACGCGAUGAAGAAAGCGAGUCGACAGAGAAGGAGGACCUUGUUCUCCAGAUCGACAGAACGACAACUGACCCCUCGGCUGAACAUGUGCAGAAUAUUUGGAGGCAGCAUCAGGGCAGUCAUCCCGGCGUUGGAAGGACCAAUUACUGCGAGUCAAAUGAACGGCACAAGACCCUAGAGUGGGAGAACGAGCAGGUCUAUAUUUGGAACAAGGGAACAAGCUUCUGGAUUCAUGGACUGAUCCCAGACAGCCCGAAUGGUAGACGAUCGUCGAGAAUUCAUCGACUCAAGUCGGAAGGAGACGAGAAUAUGCACUCUAGCGGUGCCCAUCACAUGCGGAUCUGUGAUGGGCGCUUAUCGCAGUCGCUGAGAGGCCAGCACGGCCGCCCCCGCAUCGGCCGGCUUGGCCGCUGA